ACAAAAAAAACCAGACGAACUACCAGUAGUUUCUGCGCUUGCGCAGAGUCAACACGUUAAACGCGAUAUUUUUCAGGUGGUUAACAACAAGACGAUGGCAGAAGAGGAGGCAGGUCAAAACAAGUUAGGGAUCCUGGAUGUCCACAGGAUACCAUGUGCCAGAGAAGCCAUCCUGCAUGGAGCUGGAGGCUCUGCAGCUGCUGGACUUCUUUACUUUCUGACCACCAGUCGAGUGAAGAUGUCUUUUCACGUUGGGUUUGCUGGUUUUCUGCUCACCACUCUGGGCUCCUGGUUUUACUGCAGGAUAAACUACACUAUGCUCUGUAUGCAGCAGAAGUUAAUACAGGAAGGCAUCAAGAACAAGAUUGUGUAUGAAGGAACUGUUAAAGACCCUAUAAUCAAAGCCCGAGCAGAAACUCCUUCAGGCUCCACAUGAUGUCCUGUAAUGAAACUCCUCUCUCAUAAACAGACAUGUUUAAUGGGACAAGAAAGGACAGAGUCAGCUGACAACCGGUAGUUUUUCUGUGUUGUUGCUGAACAAUAUGGAAUUUAAUUGGAUUCUUAUUUGCCUAAAGCAAUAAUUCAAUAAAAAAUACUUAAGAUGAAUGAAG